GGCAAUUUAAACAUGACUGAAUCAAUUUUUUCAGUUUCUUGGAAAGAACACACUAGUGAACUUGCAACUGUUUAUAAAAGAUUAUUGGAGAGCAAUUUUUUGGUUGAUUGCACUAUAUCUGCUGAAGGUCAGAACCUGAAAGCUCAUAGGCUGGUUUUAUCUGCAAGUAGUCCUUACUUUCAUGUAAGAGGAGCCAGUCUCCCGCCAGUGGGGCCCCAGGCAACCCAGCAGCGGAGUGGAUUAAAGGAGAGCACGGCGCCACUGCAGCUGCCCGAGGGUCAGGGCGAAGAGCCAGUCCCAAGCGCCACGUCGUCCAGCAGCCUCACCAGUCGCAGCCACCCGAAAGACCGGCCGUUCAUCUGCGACGAUUGCGGAGCUUCCUUCACAAUGCGCAGCAGUCUUCUCAUACACAUCCGCUCGCACAAGAGGGACCGGCCGCUGACCUGCGACGUUUGCGGAGUUUCCUUUACUGAGCGAUGCAAUCUCGUCGCUCACAAGCGCACGCACCCGGAGGAACGUCCGUUCAGCUGCGGCAGUUGCGGUGCUACCUUCGCGAAGCGCAGCCAACUCGUGACUCACAGUCGCUCGCACACGGGAGAGCGGCCGUUCAGCUGCGGCUUUUGCGGCGCAUCCUUCACCCGGCGCCACCAUCUCGUCUCUCACAGACGCUCGCACGCGGGAGAGCGCCCGUACCCCUGCGACGUGUGCGGGAAGACUUUCGUUCUGGCCCACCACCUCUCCCGGCACAAGCGACUGCACACGGGAGACCGGCCGUAUGGGUGCGAAUUUUGCGAUAAAACAUUCGUCGAGAAGCAUGACCUUAGACUUCACAGGUGUAUACACACGGGUGAGCGACCGCAUCUCUGCCAGUAUUGCGGCAAGAGUUUCAUUCAGAAGCAAGAACUCAAUAGCCACUUGCGCACGCACACGGGGGAGUGACUGUGCCAUUGCGACGAGUCACGAACCAUAGCGUAAAAAUUCGUCAAGCCUAUAUUAAUUUAUACACAAUUAAAACAUUAUCUAUUAAAAGGAUGGAACAAAAUUGAAAAUAAUUUAAUCCGCACCCAAAUGACACGCAUGUUCAUUUUGAAAGUUAUGCAAAUUAGACAAAAAUAUUACGCGGUAUUUGAUAAACCUCAUUAGCUUUUUACGUUAGUCCAAAAUAAAACACUAAUGAGUACAUUACAUUCGUUGAGCUCCUGAACUCAAAGAGAAGUGGAGCAGGCGUUAGCAGCUCCUAAUUCUGUUAGACAGAAAAGUCUAGACAUUACAAAAACAUUUUUUGAAUUAUUGUUGGAAUAUUAUCACCACAAAGAGUAGAUGGGUUUAACUUACACCAACUAGAUGUAAUCUAGAUGGUGUUGGUUUAAAGGAAUACUAGGGUACAUGUGCGAGAACUCUCGCAUGCUAAUCUUCACCCUUUCCUUAUCUUUUCCAUUAAGAAAGUUGUUAAUGAGACGUUUAUUUGUUAAAAAAUGUAACUAUACUUACACAAUAUCAAACAAAAAUAAAAACAAUGCAAUUGACGUAACAAACAAAUUUUCAAUAAAUAUUUAUUUAAUUGGAUUUUUAAGAGGAAUAAUAAAAAACAAUAAAAUAAUAUUUUCACCUUUGAUUAACAAAUACCAUUUGUUACCAUUAUAAACAAAUUUGUACGCUUGUACUUCACUUUGGUACAUAAGAAUGUUGAUCAAACAAUGUUUCCAUAGUGUAUAUCUUAGCGAACCGACACCUCAAGUUAAUAUGAAACGGUGUAUUAUUUACAAUAUGCGUUCACAACUGGGCAUUGCUGUACUGACUUCCAGAUAACACCAACCUUUAAAUCGUGUCUUGAUCGUAAUGUUGACAGUUGUCAAAUUACUUGGGCUGUUGUUUCUAAAAUUUUAAAUUCAUUCACGUAAUAUUGUAGGCUAGCGUGUUUUGAUUUUUUUUGCUCAUUUAUUUCAAGCUGUUUUACUUACAUUAAUUUAAAAAGAUUGUUCUGUGUUGUGCCAUAGUACAAGUUUAUCCCUCCCCAGGUAGCCGUGCGUGUUAAACCUCACUUCUAUUUCCAUUCAAAGAGGGGAAAGUUGUUAAUGAAACGUAUUUUUGUUUAAAAAUGUAUAAAAGUAACUUCUAUUGUACUAACAAAAUAUCAAAUAAA